AAGGUCCAAGUUGACCAGAUAAAAUUUAUCCGACCCGACAGCAGAACCGACACCGACCCGAACAGAAAGGCGAACUAACGAUUGACGACAAAGCAAUGUCUCGUAUCUCUCUGCGUAACACAGCAAAGCAGAGAAAAGAAAGUAGUUGAGAGAGGGAGAUAGAUCGAGAUGAUACUCGCAGUGUUAUUCUCAAACUCUGAAGGGAACAUCUUAGUUGAACGCUUUAAUGGAAUUCCAGCUGAGGAACGGCUGCAUUGGAGAUCUUUCCUAGUGAAACUGGGAGCGGAUAAUCUUAAAGGUGUCAAAAAUGAAGAGCUACUUGUUGCUUCUCACAAGUCUGUUUACAUUGUUUAUACGGUGCUUGGAGAUGUCAGUGUUUAUGUUGUUGGCAAGGAUGAAUAUGAUGAACUUGCAUUGGCAGAAGUGAUCUUUGUUAUAACCUCAGCCGUGAAGGAUGUAUGUGGGAAGCCACCAACAGAGCGCCUUUUCCUUGAUAAGUAUGGAAAGAUAUGCUUGUCUUUGGAUGAAAUUGUUUGGAAGGGAUAUCUGGAGCAUACUGAUAAAGACACGAUCAGGAGAUUGGUACGUUUGAAACCUCCUACUGAGUUUUGAGCUGCGUGUGCCUUGCCGUCACUGCCCAUUUCUCGACAGUAAAUUCAGUGUCUUGUUCUCCAUAGAAAGGCACUGUAUAUCCUAUGUUGUGGUAUGAAUUUGCCAUUCUAGUGACUGUAAUAUCAUGCUUCCUUAUCUGAAAUACAGAUAUUUUUCAUUAUUUUGGUUGGUGCUUAUGGAACUGUUGGAUCGAUAUUCUCACAUUGUUAGGAAAUCCAUAAACUGUUAUAGAUUUGAAGUUAUGAUCAAUUUGGAAACAUUAAUUUUUUAUUAUUAUUUUCUUUAUCGUAAUA